AUGAAGAUAAAAGCCUCUCUCUUCCUCUGCGUCUCUGCGCUCGUUUCCUCUACCUCCGCCCUCACCAUCAGCCAAAUCAACGGAAACAAAUACCUCUCACCCUACGCCGGCAAAACCGUCUCCAACAUCCAAGGCCUGGUAACAGCCAAAGGCUCUGCAGGCUUUUAUUUACGGUCAACAACCCCAGACAACGACGACGCCACCUCGGAAUCCAUCUACGUCUACGGCAGCACCGCCGUCUCCAAUGUCUCUGUCGGCGACAUCAUCACCCUCACCGGCAAGGUCUCCGAGUACCGCUCCUCGGUGUCAUACGUGUAUCUCACGGAACUCACCUCGCCAUCUGCCAUCAGCGUCGUCUCGAGCGGCAAUGCCGUCGUGCCCGUGGUGGUGGGCAAGGGCGGCCGGGCCCCGCCUACGGAGCAGUUCUCCGCGCUGGACGGCGGGGAUGUGCUUGCUGUGCCGAACAAUGUGAGCACAGUCAGCAAGGCGAAUCCAGUGCUAAGGCCGGGGAAGUACGGGAUGGACUUUUGGGAGAGUUUGAGUGGGGAAUUGGUGAGGGUGUCGAAUGUGAAGGCGAUUGCGAAGCCGAAUUCGUAUGGGGAUACGUGGGUGCUUGGUGAUUGGAAGGUGAGUGGGGAGAAUGAGAGGGGUGGGUUGACCAUGCGGGAUAACGAUUCGAACCCCGAGGCUGUCAUUGUUGGGUCGCCGCUGGAUGGCAGUAAGAACCCUACCGAUACCAAGCUGGGGGAUUUGAUUGGAGAUAUCACGGGUGUUAUCACCACGGCUUACGGGUACUAUACGCUGCUUCCGCUGACUGCGUUGACUGUUACCGGGUCGAACACGACGGCUGCUGCUGCUACGGAUCUGGAGUCGACUGGAACAUGCUGCGGUGUGACAUUUGGCUCAUACAAUGUCAACAACCUCGCCCCCAACUCGACGACGCUGCCCAAGAUCGCGCAGCACAUUGCGCAGCACCUGAAGAGUCCGACACUGGUCUUUCUGCAGGAAAUCCAGGAUGAUGACGGGCCGACUGAUGACGGCGUGGUAUCCGCCAACAAGACGCUCUCGACUCUCGUGCAGUCCAUCGCGAACCAAGGCGGCAUCGAGUACUCUUUUGUCGAUAUCGCCCCGGUCAACAAGGAGGACGGCGGCCAGCCAGGCGGAAAUAUUCGCGUCGCCUACCUGUACGAUGCCUCCGUGAUCCGCCUGCGCAACGCCAACCCAGGCUCCAACACCGACGCCAACGAGGUCCUCCCCGGCGCCGAACUCAAGUAUAACCCCGGCCUGAUCGACCCGUCCAACGGCGCCUGGGACGACAGCCGCAAGCCACUAGCCGCAGCCUGGGAAACACUCGACGGCAAGAACAAGUUCUUCACGGUGAAUGUGCACUUCACCAGUAAGGGCGGUGGAUCGUCGAUCGAGGGCGACGCCCGGCCGCCGGUCAACGGGGGGUUACCACGCGAGAAGCGCAGGCCAAGCUCGUUGCUGUACGUUGAAUUCACAUCGUCCAUCCUGGCCGAAGACUCCAGCGCCAAGAUCAUUGUUUCCGGCGACUUUAACGAAUUCACCUUUGCACAGCCGAUAGAGACCUUCCUGGCUGAAUCCGGGCUGGAGGAUCUUGACGAGGUCGCUGGCAUUCCAAUUACAGAGCGGUACACGUAUCUGUACGAUAUGAACUGCCAACAGCUGGACCACAUGUUUGUGAGCCCUGCGCUGGCAAAGGGAGCCGAGAUGCACCAUCUGCACGUCAACACUUGGGUUUCGUACGACGACCAAGCAAGUGACCAUGAUCCUACCGUGGCGUUGCUGAACGUGUGUAGCUAG